GCCUAAUGCUAUCAGACUUACUGAAUUUGCUAUGAAUAGGCCUACAUUAGCCUACAAUUUACAGCUGCGUGACCGUUCAUUAUUCCCUGGCUGGACUUUAAUUUGCUAUGGCAUAUGAAUGUUCUGAACAUUGUAGCCUAGUCUUGGCACCUCACAUGGCAACUGUUCAGAUCAAAUUAUUAUCAGAGACAUAUAACUGUAAUUUUCUACAGGCUAUAGUAGGCUAAAUAAUCUAAUCAUGUUAGAUGAAACACCGACAUGGCACAUGGCGUUGGGUUUUAGGGAGUGUCAAAGGUGUUCAUUCUGAAUUACAUCAUAAAUGUUCAUGUUAGGACAUGGAUUAGACGUUGUAGUAGCCUAUAGGCCUACUUCAAUUUAUGUUUUGGCUCUUAACUUUUGAACAGAAAUAUUUUAAACUUGACGGUGGCUAUUAAAACUCGUACAAGGUGAUUUAGAUGCAACACACUUGACUCUCCAUGGUGCUCGCAUUAGUGCAUCUCCUAAACUCUAAACGAUUUCUUCAUAGCCUAGGCUACUGAAAAUACUUUUUCUAGCUGUUGAUUAACCAGCGCCGCCCUUCCGAAGAAACGAAACUUCCGCUGGCAUAAGGUGGAAUCGAUGCAGAAAUAUAAAGACGGACCUUAAUUUUAGACUGUCACCAUACCUUAGAAGUCGUCUAUUAUCUGCUGCUAACCCGAGACCGAGGAGACUGAGAACAACCAACGACAAAAAAAGAGAACAAUGGCUGUACAGGUAACCACAACGAGGAUGGUCCAUACUUCAAGCGCCUGGACCACUGGGAUUUGUGACUGUUGUGCAGACUGUGGCACUUGCUGCUGUGCAAUGUGGUGCUUCCCCUGCCUGCAGUGUCAGACGGCCUCCCAGCAUGGCUGGUGUUUCUGCAUGCCUCUGCUGGACCCUUUAGCCUGCCUGGCCGUCUCCUGCUGCCUGCGCCAGUCCAUCCGUGAGAGACAUGGCAUCAAUGGUUCAUGUUGUGAUGACUGUCUCACAGUGUGUUGUUGCUACCCUUGUGUGUGGUGCCAGAUGUCCAGGGAACUGAAGAACCGUGGCCACGCUACCACUGUGGUCACCCAGCAGGUGAUACGUGCCUAGGACAGAGAAAGGUGAAGCCACAAACGGGCACAUCCACAACUUCACAAGUUUCACAUGUUUAUACUCAAUGCACUUCUUUUACCAAAAAAUAAUGGCUUCAAAUUAAUUUUGUUAUAACAGGCAGUAUUGUGACACUUUUUUUUGUCAGUUCUAGAUGCAUUGGGUGCCCUUUGCGCUAAGUUUUAGCGUACUUUAGUUUUUAAAAAAGUUGUAAAAGUUUUUUUGUUCUUGCAUAUCUAGAUGUGCUUUCAACUCAAAUGCUAUGCUGACAGCUAUGCAUCAAUAAAAAGCUAAAUAAAUGUU